GAUCAUCAUCCAGCGCAACAUGCCGCACCCGGGAACGCCCUCUGCCGGCGAGGGCGAGACAGAGACGACAUUCUCCGUCUUGCCAUCGGCCAAUGCGUACCCAUCCAGGUCAGACGGCGCCUCUUCGUCUUCGCCAUUGGGCCUCCUGCCAGACGCCCGUCGCGAGAAGCUUUCGAUCAGUGAGCUCCAGGCGCGUACGGAGCGGCCAGGCGGCGAUGCAGGCGCAGAGGUCGACUUGAGGGUGGAAGAGCUGAGGAGAGGGGCCGCGACGGAUGAGAAGAAGAAAGCCCUUGUUCCCCCAAAAGGGUGGUUGCACUUUGUCGCUGGAGGGAUUGGGGGCAUGUGCGGAGCUAUCGUCACGUCGCCGCUGGAUGUCGUCAAGACAAGACUACAGUCGGACAUCUUUCAGUCGGCUUCGAAGAGCGGUGCCGCUUCGACGUCGGCCAAGAACGGCAUGUUUCAAAACGCGAGGCGACUAGCCUAUCACUUUGUCGAGACUGGGCAGCUGUUGAGAGACAUCUCGGUCAAGGAAGGACCCAGGGCGCUCUUCAAAGGUCUCGGACCGACGCUCGUUGGAGUCGUUCCUGCACGGUCGAUCAACUUCUUCACCUACGGCAACGGCAAGCUCCUCAUCGCCGACCACUUCAACGACGGCAAGGAGACGCCCGUCGUCCACCUCUGCGCCGCCGCGACGGCGGGCAUCGUGACGGCGACGGCCACAAAUCCAAUCUGGGUCGUCAAGACUCGUUUGCAGCUCGAGAGCCACGCCAUUGAGAGGGCCGCCCAGGCUGGACGCAAAGCUGCUGUUCGCAGGGAUGGGCAGGCCAGGACUGUUGGACCUCCGUCAAGACCGACACCUGCGACUGCGCCCUUUUCGAGCUUGGCCGGAGCACCAAAGCGGGCGACGAACCCAUCUGUGUUUUUCAAGGCGGCGCCCUCCCCGCAGAGGCCAAGCACCAAUUCGAUGCAGAUGACGCUGCGAAUCAUCAAGUCCGAGGGCAUCGCGGGCCUGUACAAGGGCAUGAGCGCGAGCUACCUCGGUGUGGCAGAGGGCACCAUCCAGUGGGUCCUCUACGAGCGUCUCAAGGGGCUUGCGCGGGGUUCAGCGUCGGCGGCAGAGGAGCGGGAAGUGAGCCGAUUUAGAAAGUGGAUGGGCACAGUGGGUGCGGCGGGCACGGCAAAGAUGGUCGCCAGCCUCAUCACGUACCCGCACGAGGUGGUGCGGACCCGGUUGAGGCAGGAGCCGCCACCAGGGCAGGCAAGAAAGUACACGGGCCUCCUGCAGACGAUCAAGCUCGUCUGGCGGGAGGAGGGCGCUGCGUCCCUCUACGGUGGCCUCAGCGCCCAUCUGCUCCGCGUCGUCCCAAAUGCAGCCAUCAUGUUUGUCGUCUACGAGACGAUGCUCAGUGUGUCUUCCUCGCCCGCUUCCCCUUCACUGCCAGGCCGAUAGGCUACCACCACCACCACCACCACCACCACCACCACCACCACUGUUUUAUCAAUCUACACAACUGUACAAUAGACCUUCACGCAGCCAGCCACCACUUAUUCUCCUAUCAAGAGAAUCCAUGCAAUCACUGCUUCUUCCUGUCU